AUGGAUUUCCACACAUGCACGUGCGAUCUAACAGCAGUAAUUGCUGGUAUGUUCCAACCCCACAAGGUCAAACACUUUAUCUUCAGGAGUGACAGUGAUGGCGGGGGUGGGGUGGUGUUUGAGUUAUCCAGACAACUAUUAGCCAAUACCACCAAUAAAUCUCAGACAUUUUCUAUAUGGUAUUAUAAAGCUGAGCUUGUCUUCGCCGUGUGGGAUCUGUUAGGGAGGCAUGAGGAUAGGACGGUAACCAACACAACGAUCAUAGAAUCACGGACAGUCACCAACACAGAGAUCAUAGAAACAUGGACAGUCACCAACACAGAGAUCAUAGAAUCACGGAAAGUCACCAACACAGAGAUCAUAGAAUCACGGACAGUCACCAACACACAGAUCAUAGAAUCACGGACAGUCACCAACAAACAGAUCAUAAAAUCACGGACAGUCACCAACAAACAGAUCAUAGAAUCACGGACAGUCACCAACAAACAGAUCAUAGAAUCACGGACAGUCACCAACAAACAGAUCAUAAAAUCGCGGACAGUCACCAACAAACAGAUCAUAGAAUCACGGACAGUCACCAACAAACAGAUCAUAAAAUCGCGGACAGUCACCAACAAACAGAUCAUAGAAUCAUGGACAGUCACCAACACAGAGAUCAUAGAAUCACGGACAGUCACCAACAAACAGAUCAUAAAAUCACGGACAGUUACCAACAAACAGAUCAUAGAAUCACGGACAGUCACCAACACAGAGAUCAUAGAAUCACGGACGGUCACCAACACAGAGAUCAUAGAAUCACGGACAGUCACCAACAAACAGAUCAUAGCAUCACGGACAGUCACCAACACACAGAUCAUAGAAUCACGGACAGUCAUCAACACAGAGAUCAUAGAAUCACGGACAGUCACCAACAGAGAUAUCAUAGAAUCACGGACAGUCACCAACAGAGAUAUCAUAGAAUCACGGACAGUCACCAACACAGAGAUCAUAGAAUCACGGACAGUCACCAACACACAGAUCAUAGAAUCACGGACAGUCACCAACAAACAGAUCAUAAAAUCACGGACAGUUACCAACAAACAGAUCAUAGAAUCACGGACAGUCACCAACACAGAGAUCAUAGAAUCACGGACAGUCACCAACAAACAGAUCAUAGAAUCACGGACAGUCACCAACACACAGAUCAUAGAAUCACGGACAGUCACCAACACAGAGAUCAUAGAAUCACGGACAGUCACCAACAGAGAUAUCAUAGAAUCACGGACAGUCACCAACAGAGAUAUCAUAGAAUCACGGACAGUCACCAACACAGAGAUCAUAGAAUCACGGACAGUCACCAACACACAGAUCAUAGAAUCACGGACAGUCACCAACACAGAGAUCAUAGAAUCACGGACAGUCACCAACAUAGAGAUCAUAGAAUCACGGACGGUCACCAACACACAGAUCAUAGAAUCACGGACAGUCACCAACACACAGAUCAUAGAAUCACGGACACUAUCCCACCAAAACGCUAUCCCACCAAAACGUAUUCUAGCUAUCCCACCAAAACGUAUUCUGGCUAUCCCACCAAAACGUGAUCUAGCUAUCCCACCAAAACGUAUUCUGGCUAUCCCACCAAAACGUGAUCUAGCUAUCCCACCAAAACGUAUUCUAGCUAUCCCACCAAAACGUAUUCUAGCUAUCCCACCAAAACGUGUUCUAGCUAUCCCACCAAAACGCUAUUCCAAGAAAAACACAGCGUAUCAUAAAAUCACGGACAGUUACCAACAAACAGAUCAUAGAAUCACGAUCAUAGAAUCACGGACAGUCACCAAAACAGAGAUCAUAGAAUCGCGGACAGUCACCAACAAACAGAUCAUAGAAUCGCGGACAGUCACCAACAAACAGAUCAUAGAAUCGCGGACAGUCACCAACAAACAGAUCAUAAAAUCACGGACAGUUACCAACAAACAGAUCAUAGAAUCACGGACAGUCACCAACACAGAGAUCAUAGAAUCACGGACAGUCACCAACAAACAGAUCAUAGAAUCACGGACAGUCACCAACACAGAGAUCAUAGAAUCACGGACAGUCACCAACACAGAGAUCAUAGAAUCACGGACAGUCACCAACAGAGAUAUCAUAGAAUCACGGACAGUCACCAACAGAGAUAUCAUAGAAUCACGGACAGUCACCAACACAGAGAUCAUAGAAUCACGGACAGUCACCAACACACAGAUCAUAGAAUCACGGACAGUCACCAACAAACAGAUCAUAGAAUCACGGACAGUCACCAACAAACAGAUCAUAGAAUCACGGACAGUCACCAACAAACAGAUCAUAGAAUCACGGACAGUCACCAACAAACAGAUCAUAGAAUCACGGACAGUCACCAACACACAGAUCAUAGAAUCACGGACAGUCACCAACACAGAGAUCAUAGAAUCACGGACAGUCACCAACAGAGAUAUCAUAGAAUCACGGACAGUCACCAACAGAGAUAUCAUAGAAUCACGGACAGUCACCAACACAGAGAUCAUAGAAUCACGGACAGUCACCAACACACAGAUCAUAGAAUCACGGACAGUCACCAACACGUGUUCUAGCCAUCCCACGAAGACUAAUUCUAUCUAUCCCACAAAGACGUGUUCUAGCUGUCCCACAAAGACGUAUUUUAGCUAUCUCACCAAAACGUGUUCUAACCAUCCCACAAAGAUGUCUUUUAGCUUUAUCACCAGAACAAACAUUAAAUUCUGCAUUUAG